CGGAGCGACGACUCAUCACCGCUGCCAGCCACCUCUGCGAUUCUUGAGAUUAAUUUCAGAAAUAAAGCGAGAAGGCCUGAAAUAACUCCUACUUCAGUGUUUGUCAUGGUGAUCGGUGCAAAGCCAGAAAUCAGGAACAUCCUGACCAUCAAACCUCAGAGUCUCUCCAACAGAGUCUCAAACCAGAAAGGGUUAAAGACUUACAAAUAAAUACUUAAGUUGCGAAAGCUUAAACGAGGAAAGUGUGUGUGUGCAUACACACAUAAAUACAUAAAGAGAGAGACAGGGAGAGAGAGAGCACAUAAAAAGCUGUCUCAAUGAAACCCUCAAUGUCAAGAUGAAUUAAGACCUGCACAGUGACUAGCCUAAACUCUACUCCUGGUCAGGUCAUCUGGCAUACCUGGCAUCCUCUGGGGAAUCAUGGGUUGUGGAGGUUCUAGGACAGAUGCCUUGGAGCCACGGUACUUAGAAAGCUGGACUAAAGAGACCGAAUCCACUUGGCUGACCAGCACAGAUACAGACAUACCUCUGUCAUCAAUCCACAGCAUUCCCUCAGAGAAUUCCUCCGAGGCUGGCUUUACAUCGGAGAAAACAGGCAACCCUGAUAUCUUUGACGAUGGCCUGCCAGCCCCUGCUCAGGCAUACUUGAAGGUGAGCUCUGCUGUGUCUGAAGCUGGCCUCACUGAUGAAAAUCUGGGUGGCCCUCCUGCAGUAUCCGCCAGCCAAGAAGAAAAGGGGCUCUCUUCCCCUGGCACCACGGUGCAGAGGAGAAGCGUCUUAUGCACUGAGGAGAUCACCAAGUGGCAAGAUAACAGGAUGUCCACCAAGCAGGUGACCAUCACUGUGACUCAGAGCAUCCGUCAAGUAGACAAGAGUGGGAAAAUCAAGGAAAAAUCCCACACUACCUUUGAGGUCAUGAAACCCCGAGAUAGUAUGAAGGAAGCAGCAGUAGACUCUAUAGUAAAAUGAAAAAGAUACCAUGUUGACAUUUAACGUGGACUGCCAUAAGAAGAUAUGUUGGAUUUUAUGCUUUGUAAAAACUGUGAUGAAUGGUAGCCACCAUGGACCAAAGAAGAACUGAGUGCAGGUCUGAACUGAAUUUUAUAGAAGCACACCAGGACUCUUGAUUGAGAUGCAGUCUGACUUACUUUGUUAGAAUAUUUUGAAUUCAAUGGUCUUAAGGUUUGUGUUUUGUGUGAACUUUAAAUUCUGAUUUUAGCUAAUUUAUACCAUAUACAUGAUUUUAUGCAUCAUUAUUCUAAACUGCUUCAUCUUUACGUCUGACCUCUUUAACUCUAAUGACUCUAAUUGGAAAUUGCUUUAUGCUAUUGUUAUACAGUAUGUUAUACAAUAUGUAAACUAGUAUUUGAUAACAUUAAAAAAUGCAGGGCAGAUGUGGGACAAUCAAAAGAUAAACACCAGAGGGCCUCUAAAGCUAUUUUAAUUUUAUGAAGAAUUAUUUUGCUAAGCUUAAAAAAUAUUAUACAAAGAACACAUCUGUUUUAUGCUUAAAACUGUCAGGGUAAUAUCUAGCUAUUAUGCCCAUAAUGAGUGCAUUUAACAUAAAGGCAAAGGCCAUCUUAAAAGCUGUCAAAAUACCCAAUAACAAAUUGGCCUUGCAGUUUGCCUCCACUGGUAUGACAUGUCAGAUGCUAUAGCACCAUGCUUUGCAAAUGUUUCUACUCAUCUCUUCAUCCAUGAAUUCAUUUUCAUGUUAAAGUCUAAGCUUUUUGCAAAUGAACCCAUCAAAGCUGUAUUUUAAUGUGUUGUACAUUGUCAUUCUUCUUUUUGCCUGGUUCUUAUGUUUUAAGUCAAAGAUUAUGUGCUUUCAUGCUUAGAAACUCCUGUCAUCAAAAUAUUUGUUUAAGCACCUCAUUUAAUUUAAACUUUUAAAUGCUUAUACUUUUCAGCAUACUUGUCACCAUCUUCAGACACACAAUCAAAAUCCUUCCAUUACUUGUGAGCUGUCCAGUGUCAAUAUUUUACAGUUCAAAUGAAGUUUUAUGCCAAGCAAAAACAAGCAAGUAUGAUCAAAAAUAACCAAUAUGGACAUUACCCAUUUUGAGUUUUUAUUCAGUGUUGAACUGUUAACAUGCGUGAUCUUUCCAGAUAGGUUUCAAGGCAUUCUUUGAUUCUAAAUACUUACAAAUGAAAAUCUUCCAACCUACCAAAAUAUAGGAAAUAUGGGUCUUAAUAUCCUAGAUAUUUUCGUUAUCGCAUUGUUUUGUUUAGAAUAAUCAACAGAAAAAACAAUGUCCAGGGUUCUAUUAUGACACUGUGAAAACUUUGUUCUUGUUGGCAUUGUUUGCAUUUUCCUGUUUAGCUAAGGACAAAAUAUCUAUUGGAAAGUGUUCCUCAAUAAAAGCACAGAUUCAAAGUG